AUGUCUUCCAGUGCGGAUCAAAAUGACAAUCACACCGUCAAAGGCGGUCUCACCGAGACCGUAGGCAAAACAUUUCAAGGGUCUACCCGUACAGUUGGUAACGUCGUGAGUGGCCUUGGUGCCACCAUUGGUGGCGCGGCUGAAGGGGUAGGCCAGACGGCAACUGGCGCUGCUCAAGGCCUUGGGAGUGCGACCAAGGGCCUUGGGCAAUCGGUCAAUCAGGGCUUUGGUCGUGAGUGGCCUAGGAGGAUUGAGGAUGAGUGGGAGAAAGAUAAAGUAGAUUAA